AUGCCCUCGGUGGUGCCCACUACUGAAGGAGCGACUGCCGCCCGGCACAACCAGAUUGAGUCAGAAGACUGGCCGACCCAGCUCAGCGAUGCAUCGUCUCCUCGGAGCAGCGGAGAGCGCAUGCAGUUCAACGGCGAUGGAUUGAACACCGGUGUGCGUAUUCUGGGGGAUGGCCGUCUAAAGAUUCGCAUCAACCAAUACAGGCCGAACAUAGCAGGCCUACUAAACCUGGCUCGUUCCUCAAAAUCGCACAAGACAGCCGAGAAUCAAGCCGAGACCCCAGCCGGAGACCAAGCCAGCAAAGUCGACGAGUCUAUCCGACGAGCCGAAAAGGAGGCCGACAAUUUUCCACUGCACCUGAAUGUGGUCAUUCAAGUGAUUGGGUCCCGAGGUGACAUCCAGCCAUUUAUCGCCUUGGGCAAGGAGCUGAAAAAACAUGGGCAUCGCGUUCGCCUUGCCACGCAUCUCGCAUUCCGCGAGUUCGUGCUCGACGCUGACCUGGAGUUCUUCAAUAUCGGCGGAGAUCCAGCCGAAUUGAUGGCAUUCAUGGUCAAAAACUCUGGAUUGCUCCCUAAUAUGGAUACCAUUCGAAGUGGCGCGAUUCUCAAGCGCCGGCGGGAAAUGAAGGACAUUGUUGAUGGUUGUUGGCGGUCAUGUUUCGAGAUGGGAGAUGGCACCCACCUCCAUCAGAUCAAGGAUGACCUGUGGAGUGAAGAACAAGACUAUCGCCGCCGUCCAUUCGUCGCAGACGUGAUUAUUGCCAAUCCUCCAAGUCUGGCGCACAUUCAUUGUGCGCAGAAAUUGGGCAUUCCCCUCCACAUUAUCUUCACUAUGCCAUGGUCACCAACACAAGCUUUCCCACAUCCUCUGGCGGUCAUUCAACAGCAGGACUGUAAGCCUUCGGUCGCAAAUUUUGUAUCAUAUGCCAUUGUGGACAUGAUGAUUUGGGAAGGCCUGGGUGACAUCGUCAACAAGUAUCGACGGACUGUCCUUUCUCUCAGCUCUCUGGACGCCAUCACGGCUCCGAGCAUCCUUCACAAACUACAGGUUCCCUGCUCAUAUCUCUGGUCGCCUGCUAUUCUGCCCAAACCGGAAGACUGGGGUGAUCACAUCGACGUCUGCGGUUUUAGCUUUCUCCCCGCGAAACCAGACUACGACCCACCGAAAGAGAUCACCAAAUUCUUAGAAAGCGGUCCCACACCCAUCUAUGUUGGCUUUGGUUCUAUUGUGGUGGAUAAUCAAAAAAGGCUUACAGAAACAGUCUACGAAGCUGUUAAAAAGUCAGGGCAACGAGCCAUCAUCUCCAAGGGCUGGGGUAAUGUUGGGGUCGACGACGUUGAGGUGCCUGACAAUAUCCUUGUGAUUGGAAGCUGUCCCCACGACUGGUUGUUCCGGCAGGUGUCAUGUGUAGUUCACCAUGGCGGAGCUGGCACGACAGCGGCAGGGCUCGCCCUUGGACGCCCAACGAUCAUUGUUCCAUUUUUUGGUGACCAGCAAUUCUGGGGUGACAUCGUCGCCCGUAACGGAGCCGGUCCGUUGCCUAUCCCCCAUAAAGAACUCACGGUGGAUGGCUUGUCCAACGCGAUUGAGUUCGCAUUGAAAGACUCCACGCGUGAAAAGGCCCAGGAAAUUGCCAAGAAGAUGGAAGGCGAAUCUGGCGUCCGGGAUGGCGUACGCAGCUUCCAUCGUCAGCUUGACCUUCGAUCGCUGCGGUGCGCAGUCUGUCCAACUCGACCAGCUGUGUGGCACUUGAAACAUACCGAAGUCGGGCUGAGUGCCCUUGCCGCCGCUAUUCUAGUGGAAACAGGCAAGGUUGACCCGCAGGAUCUAGUGUUGAAUCGUCCCAAAGAGUAUGACACAUACCGCGACCCAGUCGGCCCGAUUAGUGCCAGUGCUCAGGUUCUCUUUGGAGCUAUCGCGCAUUUUGUGGGUGGCAUUGCCGAUGCCCCUGCCUAUGUAGUCAGUGAUCUGGCAGUGGCCCGCCAUGCUUUGGAAAGUUCCCAUGGACGAACAGACCUCAAUCGUGAGUGGCGCCGUCACAGGUCGCGGAGCAGAGCACGAUCAGCUCGCAUCGAUAAUAAGGCUCGAAUGAGCAAUGAGACUCGAUCAAGCGAAGAGACGCGGGCAAGCGGAGAAACCGACACAAGCAAAGGGUCUCACCCCAGCAAUGAAACUCGUACAAGUGAUGGGACUUGGGAAGAUGAUCAAGUGCAGGCAAAUGAUGGGGUUCAAUCAAAGGUUGACACGCAGACAGGCGGGGAAAGAGCGCGUUCAGGCGAAGAAAAUAACCCAAGCCAUACAGUGGGUGAUACGGCCCAGCAAAGAUCACCAAAAAGGAACGAGGAUGCGCACAAUAGUGAUGGUGUCGAGUCUCUAAGUGAUGAGAGUGGCUCUUGUGACGCGACACGUGCGGAGCCGAACCUAGAGUUGGAGCGAGAAUGCAGUAUCAAACUUCAAAGGACGGCGACUAUGGCAUCAGUGAAUACCACAUCCAAGUCUCACAAUAUUCUCUACGAGAUUGCCAGCUUGGGAGGGAAAAUGUCUUUGAAGUUUGUUAAUUUACUCAUCUGGCUUCCGACCGAUUUGACCCUGAGUCUCUCAAAGGGUUUCCACAAUGCACCGAAAUUGUGGCAUGACCCCAUGGUUAGGUCGACACCGAAAGUGCACGAUAUUCAGAGUGGUUUCAAGGCAGCUGGCAAAGAGUUAUUCCACGGCUUCUACGAUGGAGUCACAGGGCUUGUGGUUCAGCCACAGCACGGUUACAAGGAGAAUGGCGCAAAGGGAAUGAUGAAGGGUGUUGGAAAAGGCAUCGGCGGAGUGUUUUGCAAGCCACCUGCAGGUCUUUGGGGGCUUGCUGGGUAUCCUCUGAUGGGAAUUCGUCGCAAAUUGCUCGAUUCCCUGGGUCGAUCUAGCGAGGGCCAAAUUGUCCUUUCUCGAAUUGCUCAAGGGCAUGAAGAAAUGUACGCCUCUACGCCCGCGGAACGGGCGGAGGUCAUCAAGAAAUGGUCCGUGAUCGAAAAAUCUCUGACGCCGUCGCAAUGUCGCAAACAGCAUAAGAACAACAUGUUCCGUCGGCAAUUCCACCACCACCACAACCACUAUCGAGGUUCGUUUCAUGUUUAA